UCUUUUUUUUUUUUUUUUUUUUUAACAUAGAUAAUGGGCAAAAUUGCGUGUGUGACUGUACCUGCGCUGCCGGCUCGCUGGCAGAGUUGGUGACAGACUACAUUUCCCAGGAGCCUGUUACGCAGGAGUCUCUUGUGUCACUGCACAAGGACCUCGCAGCUCUGCAGGAGGCACUUGGGCUGCUGCGGUUCCUGGUGCUGGCACUGGAGAAACAUGACCUUCAGCAAUUUUCCUCCUAAACGACCCAGAACAGAGCUGAGCUAGGGUCUGCUUUUGCUCCAGACCCUCCUCGCAGGGUGGCUGGUUAACCUUGUUUCAUGUUAGACGCUGGAUGUCACCCGCGGAAGAAGAGAAGAGCUUACCUCUUCCAGAGAGAUGGCCCCGAGCCAGCAAAUUCGCUCUGUCCGCCUGUGCAGCGGCUGUGGCAGAACUAGUGACGUUUCCCCUGGAUCUCACGAAAACCCGACUGCAGGUCCAAGGUGAAGCUGCCGUUCGUCGCAAUGGAGCGGCUGCCGCCGGCCAGGCGGUCGCUUACCGCGGCAUGCUACGCACCGCGGCUGGCAUUGUGCAAGAGGAGGGCGUACGAAAGCUCUGGCAAGGAGCCACGCCGGCCGUCUACCGCCACAUAGUGUACUCUGGCGUUCGGAUGGUUGUAUAUGAACAUCUCCGUGACUCCGUGCUUGGCAGGUCUGAGGAUGAAAGCUUUCCUUUCUGGAAAGCUGUAGUUGGAGGCAUGUCUGCGGGCGCCAUCGGACAGUUUUUCGCCAGCCCAACUGAUCUGGUGAAGGUGCAGAUGCAGAUGGAAGGAAAAAGGAAGUUGGAAGGAAAGCCGUUACGGUUUCGAGGAGUGCACCACGCAUUCGUGAAGAUCCUGUCUGAAGGAGGAAUACGGGGGCUUUGGGCUGGAUGGGUGCCAAAUGUCCAGAGAGCUGCCCUGGUGAACAUGGGAGAUCUGACCACUUAUGACUCGGUGAAGCACUUUUUGCUCCUGAACACGCCACUUGUGGACAAUAGUGUGACUCACAGUGUUGCCAGUUGCUGUUCUGGCCUGGUAGCUGCUGUUCUGGGAACUCCUGCUGACGUGGUCAAAACCCGGAUAAUGAACCAGCCGAGAGAUAAGCAGGGAAGAGGUCUGCUGUAUAAGUCUUCGACGGACUGCUUGAUUCAAACUGUGCAGGGUGAAGGGUUUAUGUCUCUAUACAAAGGCUUUAUACCAACCUGGAUGCGAAUGGCUCCUUGGUCACUGGUAUUCUGGCUUACAUAUGAACAAAUCAGAAGGAUCUGUGGAGUUAGUUCUUUUUAAAAUCAUGAAACCACUUCAAUUUUCACAAAACAAAGAAGAAUUGGAAAGCUUAAUUCUCAUUCCACAAGGCAUCCCGACCCCACAGGGAACUAAUGCAUUUAGGAGAUUGGCAGUAGGAUCACAUGUACAGGUUGCUGCCCCAAAUCCAGUCCUUACUGGUUAGGAGUAGCCAUGACUUAAGGAUACUAUUUGCUUGUCAGACUGCUGUAUGAAAUUUAAGUUAUCCACAGGAUAAAAUUGUCACCAUAAUAAUUCCACUGGCAGCCAGCAUCAGCUUUCAGAAACAGUAAACAGAGGUAAAAAAAAUUAAAUCUACCAAGCAAGUAGAAUAUAAUACUGUUUGCUUGUUUGGUAAUAGAGAUGGUUCCUAUCGUUAAGGACAAGAACAGGUUGAACAAUGCAGCACUGAACAUCUUCUGUGGCUAAGCAGUGCAUCAAAUUAUUUUGGAAUUUUUGUUAUUAUUACAUUUGCACACAAAGAACUACCUCUCAUUAGUCUGAUGCCUCAGCAGACCAAGCCUUAGCGCUAGGUACUGAAAAACAUUAAAGCAGUUUAACUGAUUUCAAAUUUGCUUUACACAAAAGGUGGAAGUGUUUGUGUUCCUCUUACAGACUGCCUGACCUCUUCACUCAGCCAUCUGAGUAACAUCCAUGAGUGAAAUGCAGUCCUGUUCCCAGGAAAUCAAAAGCCUCGUUCGCUCUUCCCCUCUUGAAGGACUUGUAAUACACAUGCUGUCCAUAGGACCAAGCUGAACUACUUGUCCUGUGAGAGCCCCAGUGCUGAUGUGGCAGACUGGGUCAUUAAGGUACCACUUUUCCAUGGAAAUACGCACUCUGCUGAUUUUAAAUCUAGAUGAAAAUAUAAUGAUCUCUUCGAAAACACAAACUGUUUGAAUAUGAGCGAUUUAUUUUUUUUUUCAACCUAAAGCUUUCCACAUUUCAUAGGAAAGGGGACUGCUGCUGUUUGUCACUAGGCUUAUCUUCAGCAACCAGGAGGCAAAAACGCAGUAUAAAAGCAGUCAUAAUGUAGACAGAACAAAGCUGGCUUUUAGCAAUAUCUAGUAAUGAAAAGACUGUACAAGACUUAGUUCUCUGAGUAAAUACUCAGGAUUUCUUCUAGACUAGUCUUUGCAACUAGUAUCUUCAAUGUGCCCAUUUCUGAUUAAAUACAGUUUGGGCAUCUUCUUGGCUUGCACUUGUUCUUUUCGAUUGUAUUGUAGAUCUGUUGUGGCUGCGUGCAUUUGGGUAUGGGAUUCCAGCCUGGAAAAAAAUUCAUCUCACCAUUAUUAGGGACUCAGAAGUUUUUGUUUAGAAAUACUGUUACUUUUCUAGUUGUCAGCCCGAGAAACUACUCUGAGUUCUUUCCCUCUUGCACACCAUCAUCAGUCAAAGCUGCUCCUUCAGUUACAUCCUGAGUGGUCCUGCCUGCAAUCCUGUUACUCAGAUAACCUUGACGAUGGAUAUGCAGAAGUACUUGAUCUAUUGAGUUAAAAAAGAAGUAAUUUUAAAAGUCUUGUAGUGAAAAACUGUUUUAACUCUUAAUAAAGCUCUUUUUUUUUGAGCGUGAAACACUAGAGAUUUGUAACACUGCCAAUUCCUAGCAUUUUGUAUAAAAAACCAAAUAAACAAUGUGAAUAGCAAAA